CUGUUGUAGUCAGGGUGGCGCGUUGUCAGAUGUAGCGUUGAGGAAGAGGUAAUGGCUGCGUCUGGUUAUCUUUCGGGCACCUAACUGCUCGUGCUUCACUAUUUUUACUUUUGUGCUAAACAUUUUAUCCAUCUUUUAUUCCUUUCUUGGCUUCAAUCUGAUUCAUUAUCCUCUUUUGUUUUUUUUUUAGCAAUUUCUUUUAUGCUUUCUCUUCCGUUAUCAACUCAUUCCUUCCCUUACUAUUUUCUCCCUUACAUGCUCCCAUAUUAUAUGUGGGAAUUUUGUUGUUUUUCGCUUGCAUUCCGACAACAGUUCUCAAUAAAAACUGCUGCUACACUUCCAGUUGGGUGUCAUCAGCGAUGACCCGGGUACUUACGCCCGGCAUUGGCCCCUAAAUAAUAGCUCACAACACACCACAACAAACAUAGCCAUUAACAUCAACAACCUUACGUCACCCUGGAAGGAAGCAGAAGUGUACAAGGGAGAAAGAGAAAAAGGUGGAAAGGGAAGGAUAAGGUCUGUUUUGGUGGUGGUGUUGUUAUUGUUACUGCUGCUGUCGCCUCCACCUCUUCAACAACAAAAAAAUAAACAAACUCAAACCAAAAAUUUGGUCAAAAUAACACAAGAAUAAAAUGAACAGCGACGUCGAGGAUCAUAUUCGUCAGAAUACACCAUGGUCGAAACUACCAGGACUAGUAAAGCAGAGUCUUGGAAAUUCACAAAAAGAGUAUGAAAAGGUUGUGGUAGAAUUUAGUGUGAAGAAUCAGUUACGGUAUAAAGGAAAUAUUGUAAAAACAUUUCGUAAAGAUGAGCGCCGUUACUAUGAAGAACUUUUAUGCUACAGUCGUGAACACCUCAUGCUUUAUCCAUACCAUCUUUCCGAUGUGGUUGUGCGUGGUUUGCGUGUCACACCUUUCUCCUACUAUAUCGAUAUCAUGUCUUCUAUCAUGACACAAGAAAAAAGUUAUGAUUCAUUACCAAAUUUCACUGCUGCAGACUGUCUACGUCUUCUUGGAAUUGGUAGGAAUCAAUAUAUAGACCUAAUGAAUCAGAACAGAUCUAGUAAAAAAUUCUUCCGCAGAAAACCAGUACGUGAGCUAUUACCUAUGCAACCUGUAGAUUCAGUAUCGGCUGACCAUUGGUGGAUUGUCAAUAUCGGUUACAUCACAGAAGAUGAUAUCAAGAUGUGCCAUGUUGCUGAGAAGGAAGCAAUUGACAAAGUCAUUGACUACGGGCCACAGCUAGCAAAUGAUGUUGAUUACAAAGUCUUACAUGGUUUGUAUCGUAAAGGUUUGGUCUAUUUAGAUGUGCCCAUUGCUGAUGAUGACUGUAUUGUUGUUCCUCCUCUACAAGGAUUUGUCAUGAACCGAGUGCUUGGAGAUUAUUUUGAGACAUUACUGUACAAAAUAUUUGUAUCUAUUGAUGAACACACAACAGUGGCUGAGCUGGCUAGCAUUUUGGAGAUUGACUUACAGUUAGUCAAGAAUGCAGUUUCCAUGUUCUGUCGUUUGGGUUUUGCCCACAAGAAAAUAAAUGACCUCAACUUAGAUGACCUACACUCAUCUUGGAGAGCUCGACAAACGUUAACUAAAAAACCAAGUCAAGACCAACUUCUCCUGGAGAUGAGUAUGCCACUCACUGAGACCGAGUCUCUGUUGGAUGUAAACACAGCCAGUAAUACUGACAGUUCAAGUAUUGACAGUUCUCUAGAAGUCAGUGGUCAAAAUGCUGGGUCAGCAAAGAGAAUAGUUUUCCUGUUUGAUUCUACACUAACAGCAUUCCUAAUGAUGGGAAAUUUGUCUCAGGGUCUUAAGAGUCAUGCAGUGACAAUGUUUGAGGUUGGGAAACUGAGUGAUGAGUCAAUGGACAGCUUUUUAACAGAGUUAGAAAAAGUUGGUUCUGAAGCUGAAGGGGAAGCACAGCGUUACUUCGACCAUGCUGUUACCCUAAGGUACACGAUCAGAUUCCUUCGUUACAACAAAAACCUCUUUCCGGACUCUAACGCAAAUUCCUCUGGCCUUGGCAUAGAUCUGAUCCGAUGUGAGAGUCUCUUAAGCUUGGAUGCAGCUACUCGAGCUCGGAUUCUGAACAAAAAUUAUACUUUGCUAGUCUCCAUGGCACCAUUGAGCUAUGAAGUAAAACCAGUUUGUAGUUGUACACCACAACAUAUAGGUCCUACGAUUCCAGAGGUUAACUCAGUAUGGUUCAAGUUGUUUAUAUACCACUUGACUGGGAGUGGGCCACCAUCAGUAUUAUUAGUAAAAGGUACAAAACUGAGGCGGUUACCAGCAAUAUUUCAGGAAUAUGACCGUCUUUUGGUAACAACAUGGGACCAUGACCCCGGUGUGAUAGCUUCAUCAAAUAUUUUAAUGACAUUAAAUGAUGCUCUUUCUCAUUCUGCUGUUCUUAUCCAGGCCCAUGGUUGGGAAACUGAUGGUAACACAAUCUUUGUGCCGUUUCCUCUAAACGACAAAAAUGGUUACCCUUCAUCAGGAAAAUUCUCUCUGAAAAAUUCACAAUACCAUAAGGCUGUUCAAAAACUUUCUAAAUCAAUAGAUCUACAACACACAUGUGGCUAUAUAACAUUAUUGAACAUUGGUAAACCUGGUCAUCCAUCAUCAGUGGAUGUUUUGGGGGCCAACUUCAGUCAGAAUCUAAUUCUUUCAUCUGAGACUGAUUCUGACUUAAAAUGUGACGAGAAGGAACUCAAUGUGACCAGCUUUGACAAUAGUUACAAUGAGCUGGGUAAUUUGCAACAACAUUCAGAUGCUCCCUGCAAUGGCAUUAAAAACCAAGCUUGUGCUGAUAUACUUUCAAAUGAAUUGGAUAAUCUGCAGAAUCAACAAAUGGACCACAGUAACAUUGCUCGAGAUAACCUCACUUUAAACAUCAUUCCACCUUCUGAACAGGACCAAGACGAGAGUACUGUAGAGGACAGUGAAGACACAUGGCUUCUGCUAGACUGUUUCUUUGGCAUUCCACUAUUUGAGUCUAAGCUCAACAAAGAGGUUUGCCAGAGAGUUGCAUCUGGGAAACUAUGUACCAAUGAAAGUUUAGAGCAACUGCUUCACUCAAGUAGGAAACUUUCUCUACGUCUAUUAACAUUCAUAUCCCAUUAUCAGGGUAAAAAUGGAAGCCAGGAUUUAAAUGGUUCCACACCAGAAACUGAGUACAAAAUAUGUUCAGCACCACGACAGAACCUGGUAUUCUCUCAGGGACGCUUAGAAAAGUGGGAUGGACGCUGAAUUUAACAUGUUGAUGAUUUAUGAGGAGGAUUAUUAUUAUUAUAUAUUUUUCUUUCUGUUAUUAGAAAAUAAAAUGAAAAAAGUUCUACAAAUAA